GAUUUCCGUACUGCCUUGUGCACAUUUGAAAUUUUUUUUCCUCAAUUUUAAAUUUUUAUAACGAUCAAUGAUUCGAAUUAAAAUAAACUGUUUACCCAGUUAUAGUUGUAGUUUCAUUUAAUCUUAUAUAAAAUUUAAAUUAAUAUGAAUCUUAUAUCUGAUUGUGAAAAGAAUUUUCUGUUGGAAGCUGCAUCUCAAAAAAUUCGUCUAGAUGGUCGUCAAAAAGAUGAAUAUAGAAAAUUAAAUAUCGAAUUUGGUCUUGACUGGGGAAAUUGUUUAGUAACACUUGGAACUACAAGGGUAUUUGCUCAAGUUAGCUGUGAAAUAUAUCAACCAAACCAAAGUCGUCCAAAUGAAGGUGUUCUUCAAAUAUCGGCUGAACUAGCCGGAGAUAAUAAACUUACUGAUUUAACUAAAAUCAAUCAAAUAUUAGAAAGAUUCUAUAAGGGUUCAAAAUGUGUUGAUCUAGAAGCAUUAUGUAUAAUUGCCGAGGAAAAAGUAUGGAAAAUUAAAGUAGACUUAAGUGUUUUAAACAUGGAUGGCAAUACUUUAGGUUGUUGUUCAAUUGCAACCCUUGCAGCAUUAAUGCAUUUUCGAUAUCCAGAUGUUGUUUCAACUGGGGAAAAAGUAAUUGUCUACUCUAGCUCAGAAAGAGAUCCUAUUCCAUUAUCCCUUCAUCACCAUCCAGUUAUUACAAGUUUUGCUAUUUUUGAAAAAUAUGAUUUUAUCAUUUUGGAUCCAUCAUUUUUGGAAGACAAAGUCUGUGAUAACAAAUUGUCUAUUUGUUUUAACAAUCAUAGAGAACUAUGUGGUGUAGACAUUGAAGGAUGUGCCUGUUUAAGUCAAGAGCUUCUUAUGAAGUGUUCAAAUCAAGCUGCUACCAUUGCUGUUGUUCUUGUAGAUAAAAUAAAAUCUGCUAUUCAAAUUGAUAUUAAAAAACGUUCUAGUAAAUCUAUUCAAGGCCUGGAACCAUCUAUUUCUGAAGAAUGUGGUAUAAAAUUAAGUUUAUCUGAUAAAUUCAAUUUUGUUGGACCACUUACUCAAGAAAAUGCAAAUGAAAAAAUUGAAGAAAUAAUGGAAGUUGAUCAAAGUAUAGUUAAAGUAACAACAAACACUGCAAUUACAAAAUGUCACAAUAAUUUAAAUCAAGUUAAUACCACCAAAAAAGAACAAGAUGACAAGUUAAUAAUCAUAGAUCCUGAAAGCACCGAAUCAUCAUCUAAUGAUGGAACUGAUAGCGAUGUUCAACUUAUUAGUCACUAUAGUUUGGAUGAUAGAAGAACAAUAAUUGGAAAUUAUAUUGUUUCUGAUGGAGAUGAUAGUGAUGAUAGUGAUAAUAGCGAUGUCGUAAUAUUGGAUUAAACUAAAUACAAUUUUUGUAAAAAAAAAUAAGUUAAAUAAAAAUGUUUAUAUUACAAAAUUUAAAA